GUGAUCGUGGAGUAGAAGGCGGAUCCCCGUUCCUCUCUCCGCCAACUUCUACGGAUCGAGCUGUUUGUCUUUUGUGCGGCUCGUGUUAAGGUUAAGGUUUGGUAAAAAGUGGCACACUCGAGUCUCUCGUCACAGUACCAGAGGUUCCCUGCUCGGCUAGCCCGUUAGCUUGUUAGCUCAGAGCUGUUUCCGGUAGGCUAGCUGUUAGCCCGUUAGCUCGUUAGCCCUUUAGCUUACAGAACUAAGAGAUAAGAUGUCGGACACGGAUCUGACGUGGGCGCUGAAGAACGGGGACCUGGACGCGGCGAAGAGCCUCCUUAAGGCGGAGGAUGUGAACCGGACCCUGGAGGGGGGCAGGAAGCCGCUACACUACGCUGCAGACUGCGGCCAUGCAGAGAUCCUGGAGUACCUCCUCUCUCAGGGGGCCGAUGUCAACGCCCCGGACAAACAUGGACUGACCCCGCUGCUGUCGGCCAUCUACGAGGGGCACCUGUCCUGUGUCAGGAUCCUCCUAGAAAAGGGUGCCGACAAAGAGCGGAAAGGUCCGGAUGGGCUGAGCGCCCUGGAGGCGGCCGAGACGGAUGCCAUCAAGGCCCUGCUGAAGUGAGGGGGCGGAGAGAGGGGGAGGGAGGGGGGGGAGAGAAGGCUGCAGGACGGGGGGUCAGAGGGGGAGAGACAGACGGACAGAGGGGGGGAGUGUUUGUCGAGGACUAAAGAUGAGCAGGCCUCCCCUCUCCUGUGCUAGUGCGAGACCCCCUCAGUCUGCAGGCCGCCGUCAGUCGGAGUGGGGGAGGGAGGGGGGGGGGGGGUCGAUGGGGGGGAGGGGGGGUCGCCUGUUGUUUUUGGGGUGUUUGUUUUUUCUUUUUUUCUAACGGUUUGGUUUUUUCUCCCCUUAUUGCUUGAGUUGUUGAGUGACAGGCAGCAGAUUGAGUUGUUGAGUGACAGGCAGCAGCUUGAGUUGUAGAGUGACAGGUAGCAGGUGGACGUAGGGUCCUGAAACACUGAGGGGUGGCUCCGCCCCCCUCCUUAACAGAUUUCAAAAUAAGUGUUCUUUCAAACAUGCAAAUAACGCCAAGCUUCGCACUUAAAACUCACCGCUUUUAUUUUUUAUCUUACGAGCCUCUUCCACCGUUAACAGAACACCAUGGGUAGGGUUAACCAGGGUUAGCUAGUUCUCUAGUGGGUCACUCCUGUUUGUACUACUCUGCAUAAGGAAGGUAUCGUACGGCCGCUCAUCCACAGCGAUUCGCACUGUACUACAGUACUGUAUUAAAGCACUGUACUACAGUACUCUAUUACAGCACUGUACUACAGUACUGUAUUAAAGCACUGUACUACAGUACUCUAUUACAGCACUGUACUACAGGACUGUAUUAAAGCACUGUACUACAGUACUCUAUACAGCACUGUACUAGACUGUACUACAGCACUGUACUACAGUACAGUACUAGACUGUACUAGAGCGGUUCAGUUACUAUACAAUAAGACAUCAUGAAUUGCCGGGUCUUCCUCUGUCUAAUAACUUAUUCCGAUUUAGUUUUGUGUGUUUUCUGCAGAAAGGGAAGCAUCAUUUGUGUACCCUCCCUGAUUGGCCCUUGAGUGAUUACAUAUCAAUACACGAAUUCAUGACUUACAUGGCCAGUGUAAAAAGAUGCAGCCCAUUCUAUUUCGUCAAAUCAUCAUGCUGGCUCUCUAGAAAGAGUAAAUAAACACAGAUUGGUUACUGAACCCAGAUUGGAUUUUAAAACGGCAUUAAAGGAGCCCAUUCAAUCCAAACCGAGCCCUCUGGGGGAGUCGGUCCUGAAGGCUGAGGCCCAUCUGUGGUGGAGAGGAGAGGGGAGACCGCGGGAGAGCUAAAGGGUCGCUGCUGGGCGACCGCCGGAGAGGUCGAGGGUCGCUGCUAGGCGAGGACGAGGAGCAGGACUGAGGUGUCACGCUCAUCCGUUUUCUAAAUCAGCAGCCCGGGCGGGGAUAAGAGAACUGCCUCUGCUAUUAUUCUUAUUCUUAUUAUGCUCUGAAAUGGUGGCUGUCCUCUCGGUUGCUUUCCAAUAUUACUACAUUGCAAUGGAACAAAAUGCUCUUGCUAACUUUGUUGUGACAAAAAGUCUGUAUGAACUGAAAUAAAAACAAAAUCCAUACUAUUGACAUGUGCACCUUUCAAUUUGUGUUCCCCGCAGCUUCCUACUCACUUCUGGAAGACAUUUAAGGCUCAGUUAUGGUUCCACGUUGACGCAACGCAAUGACCACGCAGACACUUCAACGCAGUCGUGUACCUGUUAUGGUUCUGUGUCUGGUUUUGGUAGAGCGGACCAAUUACAGCCCUUGCUGCGUCGCCUCAACGCAAGGUUAGAAGGCCCAUGCAGGAGACGCAGGGAGGGUCUGCAAGGUCGUAAUCGGUCCGUAAAUCCCCUUUUGCUUUGCGUCGACCUGGAACCAUAACUAAGCCUUUUAGGCCUGUAGGCCUGAAGAACAUAGGUCUGCAGAACGUGUGUCUGCAGAACGUGUGUCUGCAGAACGUGUGAAUGUAGAAAUUGUUCUACAGACCCAAAUUAAGUCAGUUUAACCUGUAUUAUAUAAUACAGGUUCAACUGACUUAACAUAACCCGAUAUAUUACCGGAUAAACAUAGUUUGUGUAUUUCGCUGAAAACCAUCCCUUUCUUUUCCGCAAGAGAAAGGCGAACAAGCGAGUGCUGGUUGAGAUUCAGGCCGGGUAUCGAUCAGAGGUCUUUGUUUCUGACAUCCCCAGACUGAUUUGUGAACCUCGGAAUAUUCUAUUCAAAAAACUGUGCCGGCCGUCGUCUCUGGGGGGAAAGCCAACAACAUCCUCCCUGCUGUGCACGGCCUUGUUCUGGUUCAGAGGACUAUUCACAGAGCAAGAGCGAUCAAUGUGUUGCAGCUCUACAAUAGAAUUUGAUUCUACCCAUUUUAAAGGGUAAGAAACAAUAGCAUGUAUGGGAAACCCUUUGGAUCGCAGAAGAUAUCUUUCUCUCGAAGGAAACAGAAAAACAUAAUCUUGACAUGUCUCUGAAAUUGCGUGUGGUUGGCUGCAUGAGCUAACUCUUGCAUGGCUAAUGAGAACGCACGCAAAUGUUCAUUUCCCUGGGCCGCUUUGAAGCAGACUAUUGAUCAACGGGGCUGAUCCUUUUUGAUUGUGAGUUAUGGCGCCCCCUGUCACCAGAGCACUGCUUUACUUUGUGGAGACCUGCUUACACGCGGGUUCGAUACAUUCCCAAUUUGACAACCCUGCGUGGUUCACCUUCAGAACGGUGGAAUUCCCCGCCCUGUGGUCAGAGCUGUACAAAACAUGUUGCAGACCGCCUUACUUCUGGUCCAUCCAUUUAAAUUGAUAACUCUCAGGUUCACGUUUGGAGUGGUUGAGUUCCAGAAACAUUAUCUUAGCCCUGGAAAUGGCCCUGCUUGGGUAGGACAUCGAAAGGGGUAGGGCGUUCCGACGCACGCCCCCUAAACUUCAGUUGGAGGAGCUUGCAGCCAGCUCAACAUCUGCAGCUGAAAACCUACAGUUUGUUUAGUUCACUUCGACCUGCAGUAUUCUUCUUCUUGCAUCCAUUGUGCCAAACUACAUUAAUAUAUUUAUUGUGUGGGCUUGGUUCAGACCUUAACUCGUUAUUUUGAUGGAAACGCGGCUCUUUCUUCUUGACACAAUUUUCCAGAAAUUCCUAAACAUAUAUUUUAUGUUAAACAGGAACAAUUUUCAUCAACUCCCAGGAAGAGGAAGGGCCUCAAACUGUUCUGAAACACCGAUCUUAAGCCAUCUGUCUGCCCCCUCAAACUGUUCUGAAUCACCGAUCCAUCGCCAUCUGUCUGUCCCCUUGUACGAAUGGCUCCAGUGCUGCUUCCUUAAUAUUCAACUGAGGAAGGAUAAUUAAUGAUAAUAUAACGUUAAGUUACCAGAUGGAGUUGUAGUACCAGUAUGUGAAGUUAAGUGUAGAGACCAUCAGGAACGUCAUGAGCUUUAGCGGCGGUCGUGGUUUGAGUCUUUAGUUGACUCGCCGGUCCAGACUCGGAAUCUAAAGGCUUUUAAUUUAUUUCCCCUCUGAGGUGACUGAGGUGAGAGCAGCUGUGAUUCAGUCGAUGAUAAACCAAAGCAUGAUGAACCCAUCGGUUGAGUUCUGAACACUGUAGAUCCCUUGGAGGAGCCAUGAGGCCUGCGUUGUACAGAUGCUCUUUGGGCAAACUAUCUUAAGAUCCAAAGAGGUUUAUUACGUUAAUAUGUAUUGAAUGGCAGUCAAGUGUGUAAGAGUCAGCGGAUGGGAAGGCAGUUGCUGUCACAACCUGAAUUAGAAAUAAUGUAGAUCAAUUCUACAUUCACAGAUGUUGCUGUAAUUAACUAUCAUCAGUGUGACAGACAUAAGCCACAUGACGAGAAUAAUGCCAUCCCGCAAAAUGACUCCCAGCAUAUCGUAGAACCAGGAAACAUUUUAUACAGCUCAGCUCUGGUUGCAUUAAACCAGCAAUGUAAACACGUUUUCUAUCGGAACACAUAAACCUCUAACCGCUGGUUGAACCGAGCCAAAUGAGUCUCGGAGAAGAGCCGGGAUGUCGAUCAGUCCUGCUCCGCCUUUCCCUACACAGGCUUUCCUUAGAACAGAACACGUAUGAACACACAUGAACAUAGAAAAACAAGUAUGCUUCAUACAGAUCGAUGUCGUGUUCCUGGGCUGCAGGAGCCUGUUCACACCGACCCACAGAAGACAUAUUUGGGUUUGAAUGUUGGAUUUACAGGCCAGGUUUAUUUUUAGC